AGUGCAGAACAAAUGGUCAAAUGUCAGAUAAUGACAUAGGGUUGCCCUGAUGUACUUAAUGUACAAAAAGUAGUAGUAAAACGUAGUAAGCUUUUGUUAUUUCAAACGGUUUUGAAUGUAAAAAAAGCAAACUCUAAAGAAAACUAUGUGAUUUGAAUUUGUGCUUCUUUCCGAGAAUUCACAUUUUUACGUCUUCACUUUUUGUGGCUGAUAAUAAGUUUUUUUAUGAUACGAAUAAGUUGGUUCAGCACUAGCUCACUUUAAUUUUACUGAAAGAGGUUUCUUAUAUCCGAAAUUGGAGAGAAAAUUUUCAGAGUUUUGUUAUAUGCUUGAAAAGCAUUAGUCGAUAUUUCUGGAAUUUGAAAUUUAUUAAAAUGGAUGAGAGUGAAAGUACCAGCUCUACUGACACAGCAGCACCACCACCAUCCACUAAUAAUUUAUUAGAUAAAGUAGUUGCGUUUGUUGAUGUGCGCACUGAUAAUAUAAAUAUGUCUAGUUCAGUUAAAUCACAUUUAAAAACGCAUGGGGCCAAGAUAGCACGAAGUAUAACACCUAAAAUUACUCACUUGGUCUUUAAAGAUGGAAAUUUUAAUAAUUACACAAAAGCGAAAAACUUAAAUAAACCAAUAGUAUCGUUGGCUUGGAUCGAAGAAUCCAAAAAAAUUGGAAAAAUAGCAGAUCCCUCAGAGUUUAAUAUUAAUAAUAAAUAUAUUUAUGACCAUCCCGAAUUAUUUGAGAAAAUGAAGCGUGUUAGGCGGUAUACAGGUGGAUCAAAAAAAAAUGAUCCUCAAAAAAGAGCACUAGAUAAAAUAUCAACUAGUACGCCUAAAUCAGUAAGAACCAGCAAUGGUCCUGCAUUCUCAGAAGUAAAUAGUGAAGGCGAAUUGCUUCGAGGACAAGAAGAUCCAGAGUCAAAAAGACCAUUUGAACACAGCGAUAUAGGAGCUACCGAUAAUUCAACCAUAUAUUUUACACCACAAUCAUCUGAAAUUAAAAAUACAAGUUCGAAUACAACGGAUGAUGACGAUGAUAUAUAUAUGUCAUGCAUUGAAAGUUUAAUAGAUAAUUCUAGUCCAACAUUUAAUAAAGAAUUUCAAGCUCCUAUAAUUCUUGAUAGUGGUAUAAACUGUGAACCAGAAGAUGGACCAAGUGGUAGUAUUGACCAAGCAAGAAAUAUGAGUAUUAAGAAGAUUUAUAAAAAAGGUGAAGGUUCAUUGCCAUAAGGCAGUGUCAUUAUAUUUCAAAAAA